AUGUCGUGCCCCAACUGUUUCAGCGGCUCGGAGCACACGCACGGCACGCCACAAGGGACGAUCGAAACCGUCCACGGGAUCCGGACAUACACGGCCGGCAUCGACAGCACGAGCAACGAUGAGACUCCCGAGUCCAAAUCGGCAAUCAUCUACCUCCCAGACGCAUUCGGCCUCAAGCUGGUGAACAACCUGCUCCUGGCCGACGCAUACGCGGCGCGCACCGGCUGCCUGGUCCUGAUCCCAGACGUCGUCUACGGUGGGGGCAUAUCGCCGCACGUGCUUCCACUGAUGGAGGUGCUGCUGGAGCCCGCUCCGUCGUGGAGCGUCACCAGCGUCUUCUGGAAGACCGUGAAUGCGCUGCGCGCCCUCCCGUACAUCGUCCCGUUCCUGCUGUUCGGGCAUCCCAAGAACACGUUCCCCCAGGUCCUCGACUACGCGCGCGCCGUGCGCGCCGAGUUGCCCGCGGGCGGCAAGCUGGGCGUCGCUGGGUUCUGCUGGGGCGCGUGGGGUGCGACGAAGCUGUGCGCCGAGAAUGCAACGGCGGACGGAGCUGGGGAAAGGUUGAUCGACGCGCAAUUCAACGCGCACCCGAGCUUCAUCAUCGACACGCCGGAAAUGGUCGUCGACGCCAUCACCAGGUUCAGAGUGCCGUAUGCGUCGGCGGUCGCGGAGCUAGAUUUCCAGUUCAACGCCGCCGCCGCGGAGAGGACCGAGGCCAAGGUCAGAGAAGCGGCCGCCAACUCGACGGGCAUGGGCGCAGGCACAGGUAAUGGGGCUAGCGGGGACGGGGACGGGGACAAUGGACUCAUCUACGAAUUCAAGAUCUACAAGGGGUGCAAGCACGGCUUUGGCGUCCGCGCCGUGCAGGAUACGGUGAACAUGGACGGGUAUCGCGACGCGCUGGAGCAGGCGGUCGCUUGGUUCAACAAAUAUCUGAAUUGA